AUGGCCCACACGCUCCUCUCGAAGUUCAUGCUCCCUCUUGGGACGCUCUUGCGCUUCGAGGCUAAGAAGAUAGAGAAGAAGCCCGAGAAGAAAAUUGAUAAAAGCGAGGAUGACUCGAACGAGAACAAGCCCGUAAAAUGCGAGAUCAAGCAUCUCGACAGCCGCUACGAUGAAGAGGACAACCAGUACUUCUGCGAGCGUAAGGUCGUCGAGGUGAAGAAAAGCGGCGAGAAGAAGGACUGGUGGCGGCUGUUUGCUUUUUGCUUGGUGAAGCACUACGACUCGGACGGUGACCUCGAUUCUACCCAGCUCUACGUCAAUCCCCAGCCCCUUCGGGAUCUGCUACGCGAUGUCAUUGGGGACUACCCUGGUGACCCCAUUGACGAAACCGAUGUGAGGAUCGAGGCGCCGUACCACUCGCUCUUCCACUACAGGAAGCAGAUCGAGUCCGAAGGCGCCAAGCGUUUCAAGGACGAUGCGGAGUCCCGCGCACAGCUUGACAUGCUCGUUGACUGGAUCAAGAAGCGCUUCGAGCAGGAGAUCAACGCUUCGGAGAGGUGCCUGUCCGGCGACCUCAAGUCCAUGUCGUAUGAUAAAUUGUGGACUCUCUUCCCUCCCGGCACAAUUGCCUACAUGAAGCUCCACGGCGAGGACCGCGCAUUCCGCGUUCGGCAGACUUGGUAUGAUGAUGAUGACGACGACAACAGCGAACAGGGAAUGAACUUGUCGAUGGAGUAUGUCGACUAUGACGGCGAGACCUUGGGCACUCGGAGGAUCAGCGGAUUCAUCCGGAAGUACCACGGCAGCCAGCAGCUCAGCGAGCUCAGCGUCAUGCCUCUGGACCUCACCGACGACGCCCCAGAGGCUCGAAAGAAACUGCUGGAGCGGGGAAGGAAGUUCGAGCGCUACGUCGGACAGCACUUCCUUCAGUACGACGGCAUCGCCUUUAAGUUGGGCUUCAACGGCGGGUACGUCCGGUUCAGCGUCAACGGCCGUGUCAUGAUCGAUUGCAAGACUCACCACCGCCUCGAGGCCAACGGAUCGUUUAACGUCCUCAAGUUCGAAGACCGUACGGACGAGGAAGACAGGAAGCUCUCGGAUGAGGAGGCGCUCCUCGCGAAUCCGAGGGUGCGGGGCUACUCGUUCUCGGUGAAGAAGUUCCUCGAGUUUUCCGUCGAGCUGCUCGAGCCUAUCCGGUGGAACUCUGACUGCUUCGAUAGCUUGGUGCUCGACCCGUCCGUUAAGAAGACCAUGCAGGCUCUUGUUUCCGUCCACAGCCGGGAGCGUGAGUCUUUUGAUGACAUCGUCAAGGGCAAGGGUCAAGGCCUCGUCUGCGUUCUCCAUGGACCUCCUGGUGUUGGAAAGACGUUGACCGCUGAAUGUGUGGCCGAGUAUGUGAAGCGACCUCUAUACAUGGUAUCUUCUGGAGAUUUGGGAACCUCUAGCAUCGACCUCGAUAGGCAAUUAACAGACAUCAUGGACAUGGCGGCCACCUGGCGCGCCGUGCUACUGAUCGACGAGGCAGACGUCUUCCUCGAGCGCCGCUCCCUUCACGACCUACACCGCAACGCCAUGGUCAGCGUCUUCCUCCGCGUGUUGGAGUACUACAGCGGCAUCCUGUUCCUGACCACGAACCGUGUGACGACCUUCGACGAUGCCUUCAAGUCGCGUAUCCACAUCCCCAUCCGCUACACGGACCUCAGCGUUGAUUCGCGCGCCGAGAUCUGGCGGAACUUCUGCAAGCGGGUGCCAGGCGGUGUGGACAUCGACGAGGCCGGUAUCGCCACGCUGGCUGAGCAUGACCUGAACGGACGCCAGAUCAAGAACGUUAUUAAGGCGGCCGAGAGUCUCUCUGCCUUUGACAAUGUUCGGAUCGAUCUCGCUCAGAUGCAGCAGGUUACUAAGAUUCAGGCAACGUUUGAGAAGGACUUGGACAGCGUGAUUGGCGUUGACUAUACGGCUCCUGGACGGUCGAGAAAGGAUGUUGAGCAGAGGAAUAUGUUUUUGUAA